CCUUUCGCUGCACACCAUGAAUAUAUGCGGCAGAUGAUGAGAAGCUUUUCUGAUCCUUUUGGACGAGAUCCAUUUCUCAGUGUAACAGAUGGUGAGGAGAGAACAGUAGGUCGAAGAGCACGCCAGGACUCUCAGGUUGCUCUAAGAGGAAAUCGCACACAAGAUGCAGAUUUUGGGGAGCCUUUUUUUGCAAUGGACAGGAUGAUGUCAAAUAUGAGAAACAGUAUGCUGGAAAUGCAAAGAAAAUUUGAUGACCUGUCCAUCCAUCCAGAUGCACACACAUUCAGCUCCUCCUCUGUGAUGACAUACUCCAAAGUAGGGGAUGAACCACCAAAAGUUUUCCAGGCUUCAUCUCAGACACGCACAGCUCCAGGAGGUGUUAAGGAGACAAGAAAAGCACUUAAGGAUUCUGAAAGUGGGCUGGAAAAAAUGGCUAUUGGUCAUCACAUUAAUGAUCGUGCUCAUGUCAUUAAAAAAUCAAAGAACAGCAAGACUGGUGAUGAAGAAAUGAACCAAGAAUUCAUCAACUUGGAUGAAAAUGAGGCCCAGACCUUUGAUGAAGAGUGGCAGAAAGAGAUUAUGAAGUUCAGGCCAUCUAGAACCAGAUGCACUUUAGAAGCUCCAAAAUACAGUAGUACUCAUCACAUACCCAAGGGAGAUGGAUUAAGAAGAGAGAAACCACGGGCAAUUGCAGGUUCCAGGGAGCCCAGAGGUUCCUUGGAGAAUCUCAGUGUGAAAGGAACACAUGUCCCCAUCAGAAGCAGCAAAAAAUAAAUUGCUUCCAUUCUCCAUUUGAAUGGAGUUUCUUCAGAGAAGAUAACGGUGCUGCAUUGCUUAUGUUCAUAUAAGUAUACACAUAUAUAUGACCAAUCUCUGUUUUUUGUUUUAAUAAGUAUUAGCGUGCCUUACUACUCUAAUCUUUUGACAACUGAAUGUUCUUUAAAACUUCAGAUCCUUGGUCAAACUAU